AUGCGGGGCCCUGCAAGGAACGGGGACUCGGACGCCUCUGCGGUGAACGGCAUGAGUGGAUCGCACGGGCGAACUGCUGGUGCGCCCCCCAAGAAGAUGACGUACGAUACAGCGUACGACGGCAGCGGAAACGAUGCCGAGGCGAGCUCCGACGCGCUCUGGCACGAAGACGUCCCGCUGCGCACGCGGCGCAGCCGGCGCGAGCUCGCGCAGCCGGCGCGCGAGGCGCGCAAAACGCCCAUGGAGCGGCGCCGCUCGUCUGGGCGCCGCUCGGGCACCAUACCGAGUCUGUCGCUCUCCCGCGCGGACGUGGACGAGUACGCGGUGGACGACGAGCCGCAGGACGCGCGCAUCCGCCGCGGCCGUGCGGUCGUGCCGCAGACCUCGUCGCUGAUGCGUGCCAUCGCCGAGGCAUGCCUGUUUGUGGGCCUUGCGUGCGGCGUUGCCUACAAAAUGUACGCGCAAGGCAACGAGGAGGUGCGUGCAAAGCUCCCCGAGCUCGUCUUCCUCACGCUCCUGUCGCUGACGUGCUUUGUCACGCAUCUCAACACGACGUGCACGAUGUGGGCGACGCGUGUGCGCUACCUGCGCAAGACCGACAUGAGCGACCCACUGUAUGCGCUGCUCGUGAUCCCGCUCCUCUCCAGCGUCUACCUCCUGGACGCGGUGCCGCGCGACGGCCGCGGGCCGUUUUCGCCGCUGCGCAUGAGCCUCGAGCCGGACGCCGAGUGGCGCGCGGCACUCCUUCCGUCGAUUGGGCCCACGUACUACGACGACCAUGCGCAAGUGACCCGCGAUCGCUGUGCGAUGCUCGACACGCACGUCAUCUUUGGCACGGUCAUUGGCAUCCACAUCCUCGCCACGACGUGGCACCGCCGCCAGAGUAAGCGCCAAGGCAAGCACAUGCAGAUUGAAAACAUGCCGGCGUUUACCGCGUUCGCCUACUACGUCGCGUUCGCGCUCGGCGUCACGGCGCUGAUCGGCGCGGUGAAGAUCGCGCUGUACUUUUUCGGCCAGAGCAGGCUCCUGUUUGGCACGCUGAGCAUCUGGGAGACGAUGGUCGAUGCGCUUCUCUUCCAGUGCUCGGUGUAUGCCUGGACGCGCAUCGCGCGGCAGAACUGCACGCUCGGCGAGCUGUCGAUGGCCUGCUUUUUCAACACGACGCUGCUCCUCGAGGCGGUCUACCUCACGUUUUCCAAGCUGGGCACGCCGAGCGUCGUCAAGACCUUUCGCACGCCGAGCGUGCUGCUCGCGUACCAGCUGGCGCUCGUGACGGGCAUGCUGCUCGUCGGCCUGUUUUUGAGCCCGCUCCUGGCGCUCUCGCGCGUGCUCGCGCAGCGCCCGACGCACCGCCUGCGGUGGCCGGACAAGCGCAACCUGCACCGCCGCCUGCUCGCCCUCGCCUUUUUCCUCUUCUCCGCGCUGCUGAUCAUUGGCACACUGGGGCCGUGGGUGUGGUGGAUGCUGGGCCGCCGGAACCCGUGGCUGUAUGUGGCGCGCUUCAUGCUGCAGGGGCGCUACUGGUGGUCGCGCAUUGCGCUGCUCGUGUACUGGGGCAUUUUGUGCAAUAUUGCGCUCCUCUCGCUGCAGCUCAUGGUGAACCGCGUCUGGCAGUACGCCACCGUCGGCGACCAGGUGCAGGCGCAGGCGAUGAAGCGGCGCGCCGCCGCGCGCGCCGAGACGACGUCGGCCACCAAGACGAUGCCAACCACGAGCGAGCGCGCCGGCACGCUCGCCGCGUCGCGCUUCGCUGCGCCGCACGCCGAGGGCGAGCGCACCUCGCUCGGGCCCGCGCUCGCAGUGACGGUGAACGGCCGGAGGAAAUUCUUCCAUGUGCUCGCCGUCUUUUUGUUCAUUCCGGGCAUCGCAUGGGAUCCCGCCUUUAUGUACCUUGGCUUUAGCGUCGCCUUCUCGCUCUUUAUAUUCUGCGAGUACUUGCGCUACUGCGCCGUGUACCCGGUCGGCGCGAGCCUGCACUUUUUCCUGAGCCAGUUCCUUGACUCGAAGGACUCGGGACUUGUGAUCCUGAGCCACAUCUACCUGCUCAGCGGGUGUGCGGCCGGCCUCUGGAUGGAGAGCCGCUCGGCGCUGCUGCAGCAGCUGGGCCUGCUCGUGCUCGGCAUCGGCGACUCGUGCGCGUCGAUCGUCGGGCACCGCUACGGCCGCGUGCACUGGCCGCACUCGUCCAAGACGAUCGAAGGCACGGUUGCCUUCUUUGGCAGCGUGGUCCUCUCCGCGUUUGUCCUGCGCAUGCUCCGUAUGGUCGAGGCAUUCGACGUACUGAACCUCACUAUUAUAUCCGUGUUCCUCGCAAUCGUCGAGGGCAUCUCGGAGCAAAACGAUAACCUGGUCCUGCCAGUGCUUGGCCUCGUGCUGGGAUCGCUCUUCCCCGUCUCGUAG